AAGAUUCGGUACUGGCACCCCUCAGGUGUGAAUGUAAGUACACGGUAUUUAUAAAACACUACUAACUUAUCAUUAUAUAAUAUAAAUGUUUUAUACAGAGGGACUAUCAGAGAGACAGAUCAUGUGUCAAUCAAAUUAUCUCCGCCCAUUUCCAUGUUAGAUAGCAGAGUUGUGACACACCUGUUACGACAGGGCGAAGAGCAGGAUGUUUUUCCUUCUGUGCACUGGAGUGUUGGGUAUUGUUUUGCUGCUUAUAAUUGGAUACCUGGUCAAGAGCAGAUUCUCCUCGCGGAAGGAUGUACCACGUGACGUGGUCGUGCUGUAUCAAGUGGGCAGGGGACCACGUGCUCCCAGUAUCUCACCCUUCCCACUCAAACUGGAGACCUUCCUGCGCAUGGCAAAAAUACCAUAUAUGAACGACCACUCGUCCAAGUUCUCGUCGAAGCAGAAAACGCCGUGGAUGGAAUAUAAUGGUGUAGCCGUGGCCGACUCGCAGUUCUGUAUCGAGCAUCUGAAGAAGGAGACGGGGAAGAACGCCAACAGUCAUCUCACUCCCGAUCAGGAGGGAGUAGCUCGAGCCUUCCAGAAACUUACAGAGGAAAAUCUUUACUGGACGAUGUGUUCAGAGAUGUUUGGAGCCGACACGACAGCCGUCAAAUCUGUUAUCCCGUACAGAGGUCUAAAGUUGUGGCUCCUCCUGUCGUUCCUCCGGCGCGUGCUGCGGAAGGAGAUGUGGGGACACGGAAUAGGGCGCCACACUCCGGACGAGAUAUGGUCUAUAGCUGUUGGGGAUAUGAAGGCGCUGUCACACUUCAUAGGCGACAAGGCGUUCUUGUUGGGUGACGAGCCGUGUGAAGCUGACUGUGCCAUAUUUGGGAUGCUGACCAUGAUGAUAGAACACAUGCCUACGUCUCGACACGAAAGACUCAUCAAAGGUGAGCUUACCAACCUGGUUUCCUACUGCAAUCGGAUGAAAGCCCGAUAUUGGCCGGACUGGGACCAGUGCGUACUGACUGGUAAAGGUUACGUCAAUGAUAGCGGCAAAAUCUAUAGGUUUGAUGAUUAACCGGAAGUGACGUGGAGUUACCAAGUGGGACUAACUUCAUGGUUGGCUAGAAAGUCACGCUCCCUCACGGUAUGUGUUCGACCUGAACAUCGUGACAUUUGGGAACAGUACACAAGUUUACAUACAGGCAGCUAAACGAGGAGAGGACUAAUUUGAAGAUUUUAUGUUUUGGGGACAAAGUGACGUUGCGUCUUUAAAGAUGUUCUGAUGUUAUUUGUUGAUAUAAUGGAUGCUUAGCAAUGUUGUAUUCGUGACACUUUAGUUAAAGAUGUAUACAUGUGUGUUAGUUGCUUAUAUUUAUAGAUGAACAGCGCUCUAAUAGACAUUGUUUUUCUUAUUGAGGAUGUGCUUAUCAAGGCUUCUAUAUAUCUACUGUACACAUAAAUUUGGGGAUUUUUACACUCCUAUAACACCGCGGACAAUCGGGAAUCCUCGACACUUUCCGUAAAACACGGAAAAUACCGACGGUUCCCGAUUGACCCUUCAAUGAUAGGAACGACAACUGCGAAUAAAGAUGACGAACCGGAUUUCCCCUGGACUUGGGAGAACUAGCUCUAGGAAGAUCAGGUAACAUUAGAGCUGUAGAAUUUGACAAAAUCAUAUUGAUGGAUAUUUUUUAUUUAAAGCUGAUGAUGUCAUAUCUGACUGAAAGAAAGGAAUGACAGGUGGCGCUGUGUAAAGUCACGUGCCAGUGUUUGGUCGUGCGUGAAGGACUGCAGGUUCUACAAUGUUGAUGUUGCAGUAGUUUUAUUCAGACAAUCUAUAUUUAUUUAUUUGAUUUAUUUAACUAUACAAAUAUAUCAUGGAAGCUGAUUUACAUAAAGACACAUAUACAUUUAAUUGCAUGAAUCAUCGUGAAAUCUGAUUUACACAACCGACCAAAUAUAUUUCAUUAUUUGAUUGUAUGAAUGAUCAUGUAAGCUGUUCACAAAGAGACCAAAGAUAUUUGAUUGUAGAAAUUAUCCAAAAAUCUGAUGCACGCAACGACCAAAUACAUUUAUUGUAUGAAUUAUCAUUUAAGUCGUUCACACAAAGACCAAAGAUAUUUUAUUGUAUAAAUUAUGCAACAACCAAAGAUAUAAAUAUUUUCCUAAAUUCAUUUUCUUACUGUUUAUUCAAUAACCUUUAAGCUAACUUGGCCACGUACAGACCCACAAUACGUGUGUCAUAAUGAAGAUUUUCAGAGAUCUGAGAAUAUCUUCGAUAUUCAAGUGUUUGACACCAAAUGUUCAGAUUUUCAUUUCACGCAGCAAUAGCGAUUGGAUUUGCAUUUGACUGGUUGCCGAUAUUCUAUUAUGACGUAAUUCCUUGUGAAACAGACGUCUAAACUCGGGCUACGUAUCAAAGCCAUAGCAUUAGAGGGCCUAAUUAUUUAGAUGCUUCCUCGUAAAUUUAGACUUUUUGAGUUUAUCAUUCUCAAAGUAUCGCAUGCAUAUAUUUCACGGAUCAACCCAUUAAUUUCAUAGACAUUUCCAAACUCAGGACUAAAUAGACCAAAUACACACUCUAAUAUAUAAUUACAAGAUGGUUUGUUUAUUAAAUUGUUUUCUUUACCGACAAUGUUUGGUUACGUUGUAAAUCUUAAGAUUCAUUAUUGUAAGGGAAUUGAAUGAUUGUAUGAGAGAGAAGUUCAAUAUAUAUAUACAAUAUAUAAAUUGUUUGUCACUUAUUUAAAGGUUAUAAUUAUAUACAGUAUUUUGAAAUUGA